GCAACUGCCACAACUUUCGUCUUGGGUAAUGGCUGACAAGUUGGGUCUCAUGUGAGAACUAAAUCAGCCAUGUUUGAUUGUUGUGAAUGAUAUGCAAAGCUUAAAAUUGCAAAGAUAACAUAUUAAGAAGAUUUUGAAUUUUAUUUUGGUUGUGGAAUAGUUAAUAGAAAUGUCGGAAAUCCCGAAAGAUUCGCAAGAAACGUUUGGGCUUACCAAGAAGGAACUUGCACUUUACAUUGGUGUUCCUGUAACUGCGUUGUGUGUUGCUGGAUUAGCUUAUUAUUACCUUACAAAAGGCAGCAGUGCUAUCGAGGAGACAACUGAUGAGACAGAAACUUCGAAACAAGAUGCAACGACGAAAGCUGAUUCUGACGAGGCUGCUGCAGAAAAAACCCCAGAACAGCUUGCACAAUCAGCAAAGUUGAAAGGCAACAAGUACUUCAAAGGAGGAAAAUAUGAUUCAGCAAUAGAGUGCUACACAGAAGCAAUAACGUUAUGUCCUAAGGAGAAAUCUGAUGACAUUGCAACAUUCUAUCAAAAUAGGGCAGCUGCUCAUGAGAAGAUGAAAAACUGGCAAGAAGUCAUUGAUGACUGCACACAAGCUAUAAAGUUGAUGCCAAAGUACACCAAAGCAUUAGCAAGAAGAGCAAGAGCAAAUGAUAAUGUUGGGAAGAAGAUUGACUGUCUGGAAGAUGUUACAGCAGUAUGCCUGCUGGAAGGGUUUCAAAAUCAAGAGUUCAUGAUCAUGGCUGACAGAAUUCUUAAAGAAGUUGGAAAAGAAUUAGCUGCUAAAUACAUUAAGGAGAGAAAGCCCACAUUACCAUCAUCGUUUUUCGUAAAAUCCUAUCUUGAUUCAUUUAGCACAGAUGUUUUUUCAAUAAAUCUUGAAGAUAAGCCUGAAGAAACAGAAAGCACACCCUAUCUAAUGGCAAUUAAUGAUUUAAGUGACAAGAAAUAUGAUGAUAUCAUCAACUUAUGCACAGAGGAAAUAGAGAAAGAUGGGGUUUUCAAAGUAAAAGCUGCACUACUCAGAGGCACUAUGUACACCCUUGAGUCUUCGGUUGAUAAGGCCAUGGCAGACUUUGAGCGAGUGGUUUCUACUGGAGAUGAGCCUGCAUUCAGUAAGCUUGUGUCGAAUGCAUUGAUCAAGAGAGCAAGUCUGAAGAUGCAACAAGCAAAGGACGCUGAGUGUUUCGAUGACUUUGAAAGAGCAGUCAACGUUGACAAAGACAAUGCAGACGUUUAUCAUCACAGAGGACAGCUGUAUUUCCUGACUGAAAAGUUAGAAGAAGCGAAGAAAGACUUUGAGAAGGCCAUCGCACUAAACGAGAGCUUCGUUGCUCCGCGUCUGCAACUUGGCUACUGCCUUUGCAAAUUAGCAAUGAAAAUGUUUUCUGCCGGGAUGAUGCAGGAUGCAAACAAACUUCUAGAACAGACAACGAAAAAGUUCCCGGAAUCCGCUGAGGCUUGGAGUCUUUACGGACAGUUGCUACAAGAUCAGCAGCAGUUCCAAGAAGCGGAAGACAAAUUGGAAAAAGCCAUUGACCUCCAGCCGCAGAACCCCACUUCAUAUGUUUACAAGGCGCUACUUUGUUUGCAAUGGAAACGUGAUUUCGAGGCUGCCAAUCAGCUCAUCCGCAAAGCAAUAGCCAUUGAUGACAAGUGUGAUUUCGCGUACGAGACUCUAGCAACUUUGGAAGUCCAACGAGGUAAUUCCGAAGAGGCCAUUAAAUUGUUCAAUAAAGCUAUCGACCUUGUACGCACAGAAGCCGAAAUGGCACAGACGUUCUCCUUACUAGAAGCUGCAAAAGCACAGAGCAAGGCCACAAAGAAUCUUGGGAUCACUCUUCCUCUACAGGGCGCCGCAUUUUAACGAAAGAUAAAUCGUUAGGUUAGUCGGACAAUGCAAAAAUUAUCGAAAAGACGACAACACAGACUUGUUCUUCUUCUGUUCUAACGAUGUUGUAGCUUUUGGUUUGAUUCUACUUAUGCCAACAUGGAAAAAAAUUGAUUUCACAGGCAUUAUUCUAUCCAAAA